UUUCAUGUGUGCACAGGCUACUCCCAUCGCCAGCAACCCUCCGCAUGCUCCAUCGCGACGGGCUUGCAGCAAUUCGCAGACGGCGCCGCACGCGCGCUGCCCCCUGACGGCGUGGCUGCGACUGGUAUAGCAGUUAAAGACGGCCCUACAGAGCAUCGUGCUGACGUGCACGGAGCCCACGGCAAGGUACAGGACCCUGGACUCAACAUGGCCACGCUUCCACUGGUAGCCAGGCGUCCAAAGGACAUGAUCUGUAGACGUCCCCCGAACUCGUUGGCCAUCCGUCGCGCCACCCCGGGCAAGCCUCGUUGUCAUGCCCAAGCAGCGCCGACCAGCCAUAGGCCCGCCGCACCACCUCCACGGCAAGCUGCUCGGUCGGCGUGGGCCUGGACUGUGGGACGCCCAGGGGUGCGAAGUCGAGCGCACUUGUUCUGCAGGCGCGAGGGGAGACAUCAACGCCUCUGCGGUUGAGGAGCACAACCGCGUUCCUGCAGCGUCCGUCUCAUAUGCAUGCCUUUUCCUUGGCGCGCCAACGACAAGAACGAAUAUGCUAUGACCUGACAACUGCUGGAUCCGAGUUUCACGCCGUGCGCGACGCUGGGGCAUAUGGACCAGGGAGACGAGGAGGAGGAGGAGGAGGAGGAGGCGGAGGAGGAGAAGGAGGAGGAGGAGGAAGAGGAGGAGGAGGGGGAGGAGGAGGAGGAGGAGGAGGAUGUGGGUGGCGGCUCUCCGAAAAUCGGGGCAGGCCUGGAGGCCGCGCGGCCUGCGCCGUCGCGACACGGGGCCGAAAACCGUGGGUGGGCCGACCCCCUGGCGAGGGAGCAGCACGCAUGCCUGCGGGUGUCAGCGCUCUCGCCGACGCCUCUCAUCGAAUGGCCCAGAACUAAGCGGUCUGGUGAAUGGCUUUGGGAUCUGGGCUGCUCUCUGGAGGGGUUUCCAACCAUCCAGCGGCGUUCGAGAUUCUUCGGUGAUCGGACCACCUGCCGUCACCAGACUGGUUCGGGACCCCUGCCCUGGGCAGAACAAACAAUUGACGCUGGACCGCACCGGUCCUGGCCCUGGUUGAACCUUAUCGCGUGGAGCACAAGCUCGACCAGAGAUCCCGUGGACGCCACACCCUAAUCAUGACAUCGAAUCUCAGGGGAUGCACGGCAUGGAACGGCAAAGGUUCAGACAAGUCGGCCAUGGUCAUGAUGACCAUGCCACUCGUGAAUGACCACAAUGGCCAACCUGUCUGAACCCCUGCCGGGGCCCGCGCUUAAAUCUUCAAGUGCAGUGUCGGCAGCAUGCAGCUAGAAUGCCAAUGUCGGCAACCUGGUCAUAUCAAUAUUGGCCAUGCAGCUUGUAUGGCCUGCAAACUUUGCACAGUCUUCGAGUCGACGAGGGCAAUUGCACGAUGAUCGGCGUUGCGGGUGCUCCCCGCAACACGCGACAGAAGCAGUCCGUGUGCCCAUGUAAAAAGUAAAAGUAUAAAUGCUGGUGCCAAGGGCAACUAUCGAGUAGUCAUUUUUUGAGCCCUGUUGGAUUUUAAACAUGCACUCCGAGGCCAAGGGAGGGCAUCAACGUUGGCUCAUGUGUCUCAC